AUUUUAUAAAUAACUUCAAUGUGUUCGGUCGCGCUGUCGGGAAAUUAUCGAAAUUACCAAAGAUUCCAAUGAGUUAAUAAGUAAAUAUAUCUAUUUACUUUUAGUCUUAUACAUUUGCAGCCGAUUGUGAAAAAUGUAGGUUGAAAUUUAUUUGAUAAAUUGUAAUGAAACGUGUGCUUUAUUGUCGAUGCAACAGCAAAUAAGUGGCAAAGAAUGAGAGCGCAAAGCAGAUGGCAAAGAGCGUCGCGCCGCAUUGGUGUUGGUUUUGUGUGCGUGUGUGUAUGUCAAGAAGAAAGCGGCGGUAAAAACUUGUAAAACCCCACUCAUACAUAUAUAUAAAUACAAAAGUUAAUCUCAAUAUUAGCUCCACGAAAUACGAUUUCAUCGUUAAAAGAAUUUUUGAACAAGUGAGGCCUAUUGCACAGCAGAAUCUGCAAGUCAAAACAAAACAACCGUGAAACGUAGCCAAAAAACGCCUGCCUGUUUGUAUGCAUGAUUGUGUGUGCGAGCGUAAUAAGAAAGACCCACAGCAAAAAGGCAAAAGAAAAAUAGUGCAUACGAAGAGCAAGCGCAAAACGCAAUUGAUGAAAUUUGUGAUUAUCACAAAUUUGUAUUAACAAAUGGUUGAAUAAUAUAUAAGCCUGGGCUUUAAAACUCCUGUGUAAAAAAUAAAGCUACAUAAAACGGCAACGUAUGCACAUUUAAAAAUAAAAGAAAAAACUGUUGGCAACUAAAAUCUAUAAGCAAGUGGAAGUACAAUUGUGCUUAGUUGAUGUAGCCGACAAAUUUGCGCCUUUUAUUACUCUGAGUUAUUAUCACAAAUAGCGUCCACAACUUAGAGAGAGCAAAGCGGAGCGCUCACUUUACUCAACAUGAGUCGCCUACAAAAGCAACAAUCACAACAACAUCCACAACGCAACCAGUGUGAAUUAGUUAGCAGCAGCACAAGCGGCGCUAAGAACAGACGUAAACAGCCGCCGCUGAGAGCGCUUGAGGAUAGUGCUCAAAUGGCGCGGCCAGCACAGCUCAGCAAUGGGCAUAUAUCGACGAAUGGAAAUAGUAAGUCGACGUCGACGAUGACAAAUAAACGACGACGUCAAAGCGACGAUGAGCCUUUGCAACAGUUGACUAAUGGAACAAGUAGCAAAAAUGUAAAAUUGAAGCAAUCACACAAUGCCAUGGAGACAACAAGCAGCAGCUCGGGGUCCUCCAGUGGGCAACGGCACAACAACGGGAAAGCUGUUAAUCAUAAUAACAACAACAAUAAUAAUAAUAAUAACAAUAAGAAACAGAAUAACAAUGUGAGCAACACGAACGGCAAUCAAUACAACACUUUUAACAACAAUAAGAAAAAGAAGCAGACCGUAAAUACCAAUACAAAAACAACAGCUACAACAAAUACAGCAAUGGAAUACAGCUACCGUAAUAACAUAUCCACCAUACCAACGCCGCCCUCACCAGCCUCACCGGCCUCGCCACCGCCCCAAAAUACAGUAUCGGACGUUGUGUGUAUUUCGGAUGCGGAGAGCGACGAGAAUGAUUGCACCGAAUACUAUGACCACGAAACGGAGGAGGAUAGCGACUUGGAAAUCGAAGAAUCGCCCACCACUAGCAAUAGCAAACAGCAAUCCAAUCACAACAACAAUGCAGCGGCAGCGGCUGCAGCAGCGGCGGCGGCAGCAGCAGCAGCGGCCGCUACACCACCCACAACAUAUACAAUGCCCACGAGCAACAGCACGCCAUUGGAUCUGGAAAAUGAGGCACAUCAGCGGGACCUGGAGAUCGUGACCGACCUGCGCUCAUAUGUCAAACUUUAUAGCGAUGAGCGCGUGAGCCUAAACGAUUUCAAAAUCAUUCGCGUGCUUGGCACGGGCGCAUAUGGACGAGUUUUCUUGGUUCGUAAGUUGACCAGACACGAUGCAGGAAAGCUGUAUGCGAUGAAGGUUCUCAAUAAGAUAACUGUAGUGCAGAAGCGCAAGACGGCUGAGCACACAAAAACGGAGCGAGUGGUUCUCGAAGCAGUGCAGCGCAGUCCGUUUCUGGUUGGGCUACACUAUGCGUUCCAGUCAUCAUCGAAACUCUAUCUAGUGCUUGACUUUGCUAAUGGCGGAGAACUGUUCACACAUCUCUACCAUGCGGAGCAUUUCGAGGAGGCGCGUGUGCGUGUAUAUAUUGCUGAAGUGGUACUGGCACUGGAGCAGCUGCAUCAGCUGGGCAUUAUAUACCGUGACAUCAAGCUAGAGAACAUUCUAUUGGAUGGCGAUGGUCACAUUGUGCUAUCCGAUUUCGGCCUGUCCAAAAUACUCACCGCCGAGAAUGAAUAUCGUGCGCACAGCUUCUGUGGCACACUGGAGUAUAUGGCACCGGAGAUUAUACGAACUGGGCCGCCGGGUCAUGACAGUGCCGUCGAUUGGUGGUCGGUGGGUGUCCUCACUUUUGAGCUGCUGACGGGCGCUUCGCCAUUUGCCACCUCUGAUGGUCAGAGUCAACAACAGGAGAUCUCACGUCGCAUACAAAAGGAACAGCCAUUGAUACCUUCCACGUUCAGCGCCAAUGCUCGUGAUUUCGUGCUUAAGAUGCUGGAGAAGAAUCCGAAACGGCGAUUGGGCGGCAAUCAUAGGGAUGCCACUGAGAUCAAGGAGCAUCCAUUCUUCAAUGGUAUUAACUGGCAAGAGCUGCGCAACAAGCGUCGCAAAGCGCCGUACAAGCCAACGCUCAAUGCCGAGGACGAUGUGCAAAACUUCAGCAACGAGUUUACCGACCAGUUGCCAGAGGAUCCCGAAUGUGAUGCACCACCCUCACGUAUUCGGCUGUUUCGUGGCUACACGUAUGUGGCACCCGAGCAUUUGGAGGAAAUGCGACGUGAAAAUCUCUGCCAGAUUGAGUACUGCAAUCCGGACCUACAGAAUAUACCAUCACGACCCGAUGACCUAGAGUUGGGCACACGCACAGUGAAGGGUGCCUAUGGCACCUGCUACUUUGUUGUGGAUGCUUCAGAUAUUGUGUUCAUGGCAAAGGUCAUACCGCUGUCCAAAUUUCGGGCCUCCGAAGUGGAUGCACUCACAUCGUGUGCCUUGGACACUCAUUGCCACCGCAACAUUGUCAACUAUCACGGCACGUUCCGUGACAAGUGUGAGGUGUGGAUCAUUCAGGAGUACUUGUGCGGCGAGGAGCUAGCCAGCUAUCUGCACACCAGAACACUCAAUGAGGACAGCUGUCGCAAGAUCUUUCGACAGCUGGUGCACGCUGUUCAGCAUGUGCAUUCCAAGCAUUUCAUACACGGUGACCUCAAGCCAGAGAACAUUAUGUUCGUAAGCCGCGACAGCCUCGACGUCAAGGUGGUGGACUUUGGCAAUGCCUGCUACAACAGUCGAUUCCAGAGCUGGCGCGAUAAGCCACGCUAUACGCUGGACUAUGCGCCGCCGGAGCUGUUAACGGAUCUCAAUGUAGUUACCUAUUCGCCAGCUGUGGAUAUUUAUGGCCUUGGAGCGACGCUCUACACAAUGCUUGUGGGUCAUGCGCCGUAUCGCCAGUACGAGGGCGAUUGCGAUCACACUCCCGAGGCUCAUCACAAGGUACGCAAGCGUAUCCAGCGCGAAGCUUUCAAUCAGAGCUCCAAGCGCUGGCUAAGCGCCAGUACAGAGUUUAGGAAGUUGGUCACCUGGUGCCUGCAAAGAGAUCCCGCUGAUCGACCCCAGUUGAGUGACAUACUUGAGAGCGAAUGGCUGCGUGAGAAUAUGGAUCAUGACAUAGACAUCGUACCAGCGCCCGAACAGAUUCUGGUCGACUUAAGUGAAGACACCAUGGAGCAGCCAUUCGAACUGUCGAUCAAGCAGGAAAAUCAAAAACAAUUGCUGGUGGCAAUGCAACAAAAGUCAACCACAGAGGUGGGCAGUGGCGACUAUGCAGAAGAGCCAACGACCAAUGAGGAUAUUACGCAGUGCGUCUAUGAUCCGGACUUUGAUGCGCUUAUCGACUUCCAUGGCUUUGACGAACAUGCGCCGCCACUGCGCCUGCCCUCCGAGUAUUACACUGAGCUGCCGCUGCAACAAUCACAAGAUGGCAACGUUACUAGCGAACCAGAGACCGCAGCCGCUAUGCUGCCACCUGUUGCGCCAGCUCCAAUGGAACUGCCUGUGGAGGCCAGUAGAGGUCCACUCACGCGCCAACAGCGGCGCACCGAGUUGCUGGAAACAACUGGCUCCCCGCCAGCGGAGGAAGACUCAAAGGCUGAUCUGUAUCUGCUGAUGCAGCAACUACCGCCAGUGGCGGAGGUGGUGCCAGUGACAAAGCCACUACCAUCGCCCGCAAUAAACCGUCAGUCGCCGCGUCCCCUCAGCGAUCUGUAUGGCUUUGGCAAGACGAAGUACACGUGGCGCAAAUCACGCGCCAGCUGGCGUCACUUCUGUCUGCUGCUCAAUGGCGUGCAGCAGGUGCUCAAACAUCGCUUUAAGAAGGAGAGACGCGUCUAUUGCUCGCUCACCAUCAAGGCGGAAACCCCAGACGAGGCGUAUGAGAAGCCACUGAUAUUCCCUCGUCCGCGUCCGCCAGCGCUGCGCCGAGCUAAGCGACCGCCCAAGGUGCCGCGCCCACCGACACGUGUGCAGCCAGAGAGGGCGCGUGCACUGCGCCAGCGUUAUGUCUUUGAAUGACAUUCGCUGGACACGAAAGAUGAGCCGGUGAUAGUAGCUGCGCCUGUCAUCGACGAGGAUGAGCAGCAGCUGUUGCAGGCUAUGCUUACGUCGGCCAGCGAAUGGCCGACGCAAUGGCAGAGGCCGCGGCAGAGGCAAAGACAGCAACAGGGGAGCUGACAGCAGAUAUUGACUAUAGCUAGGAAAAGAAAAUCGCUGGACGGAGGACGAUUGAGACGGCGCAACCUGAUGGCAACAAUUUAGUGAAAAGAGGGAAGCAAAAAAGAAAGAAAACAUAUAUGCGUGCAUGAAUAUAUGGAGGAUACCGAAUGUGGGUCGAACGGGUGGAGCAUUGAGCGGCACCAAAGAUCCUGUCGAUAGAGAUUUGAAAGUUGUUAUUCUGUAAAUCAUAAGCAUAAGUUGAAUUUGACUUUGAUUCAUUAUUGAAAUAUCUAACUCCGCACACACACAUACACACACAAAACAUUUUAAAUUGCAUUGUUGGACUAGUGAAUUGUUUUUUUUUUUUUUAGUGUAUUGUACAGAGUCUUAAGAAAAACAAAAGAAAAACAAAAUUCAGAAAAUCUGUAAGAACAAGUCGUAGCAACUGUAUAUUGAGUUUUUUGGCAUACAAUUUUGAAAAUUAUUUAAGUGCAAAGAUAGUGAAUUAAGUUAAUUAACGAAAGGAAAACUAAACACAACAUAUAAUUAGUCUUACACAUACAUAAACAAAUAUGUAUGAAUAUCUAUAAUAAUAAUAAUAAUAUUAAUUUACGCUUUAAGUUGUGCUCUAUGUUAAGUUUAUAAAUAAUUGUUAAACGAAUACAACUACAAC